AUGGCGGACGCCGCCAGUGCCGGGGAUGCGGACACUCCCGAAGGGAGUAAUCGUGUCCGGCGUGACCUCAAGUUUGAGCCUCUCGCGCAAGACCCUUUUGUUAUCUCGCGUGACAAGAUGAAGUCAGGACAGACUGCGCCAGAAGAGGUUCGGUUCGCUGCUCGUGCGUGGUUGAAGCAGCGCAAGCUGCUGGGUGGGUACUUCUCACAGCCACGGUUCACUGCAGACGAGCGCUGGGUAUGCACAUGCAGAUGCACAGAGCACGACGCUUGUUUCAAAGGGGAAGGAGCCUGGUAUCAGUUCAGUGGCUCUUGGCAUUCUUCCCGCGAGUUCUACAGCCUGCGAGUGUCGCAAGCCGGAAACUGCUCUGGCGCAGGGCGACGUAAAGCUGCCAAGCAGAAGCCGCUCGAGCAGCAGCCAACUGUGGCCGAACUCCAAGCUGUCCAUAGGGCUAUAGAUGCUCUUUUGGAACGGGGUCUUCGACCGACAGCAAGCAACGUCGCCAUCCGGAUGGGCACAGACAGAGUGGCAACAGACAUCGUACGGUCCGUGCUGCAGCAACGCAAGAAGAAUUCCCAGCUUGACACAACUGCAGUUUUUCACGACUCCUGGCCUGCCUUUCAGGAACACAUUCGUCAGUACGAAGAUCCGGACUGCAAGCCACUGUAUUUUGCGGAGGUUACUUUGCGAGCUUUCAGCUAUGUGGCUCUGCUGCCGCAUUUCCUGGAGGCGCUGGGUCGGCUGUUGGCCGAUGAGCAGACUUGCAACAACGGGUGGUGCAUGUGCGCGGACUUUGCACACACUUUGUGUGUCAUGAACUUCAAGUAUGCCGUUGUGUGUGCUGUCGUUUUCAGAAUGCUGAAUGGCGUGUGGAGGAGAACGCCGUGGCCUUUGCUGAUAGCAAGUGCACCCAUAGAGACCGGCGUGGGCUACAAGAUUCUCUUCAGAGGCUACCGCGCCUCACGCCUUGCCGAAGACCAAGAAGGUGCAGACACUUCCGAAGUGGAAGACGAGGUGUUUGACCAGUCUGAGGCAGAGGAAGACAACUAUGAAAGGUACACUGAGCCUCCUCUUGAAGCCCACACUGAGCUUGUUAGCACAAAGACGCCCUUGGCAAUGGCUGUGGAUGUUGCUGAAGCAAGGGCUGCUAGUGAGCCCAUAUCCGCGCGUGGUGGCCGUGGACAUGAGGGUGAAGAUCGUGUCAGCAGCAAGCGCCAGCGUCCGAAAUCUCCCGACACUCACGCAGGGAAGUGUGCGUAUCAGAUCCCGAAGGCGGCAUUUGAACGUCUCUUCCGAGAAGUGGCGGCUGACACCGCUGCGUCCUUGGAGGCGGACCUGCAGAAACUCGUGAAGACGGACAACGUUCGCCCGCCCACCAUGCCCAAGUUCUCUUACGGUGCUCUCCGGGCAGCGCACUACAUGGCGGAGGAUUUUCUCCACGGCCGCUUUGCAGACUCUGCGUUGCUGGCAAGACAUGCCAAGAGGGCCACCGUGUGUGUGAAGGAUAUGAGGCUCGCCGCAGGCUUGAGAGAGGGUGCCUUUCAGAAGAAUGAGGAGAAUGCCCACUUCAUGACUCUUAGACAUGUUCUCGCGAAGCGGAGGAAGGUGGCAGCAAAGCGUGCUCAGAAGAAGCCUGUUGCCACGUAG